AAAUCCACCCUUGUACGUUUGCUCUAUCGAUUGUACGAUGCUGACAGCGGCAAUAUCAUUAUCAAUGGGAUUGAUAUUCACGAUCUCAAACUCCUCUCACUGAGGAAAAUAAUAUCAGUCGUGCCCCAGGUAAACAGUUUCUUCUUCAAUGAUAACAUAUACGUACGUAACGUACGUAUUUACCUUACCUGCACCUUACAGGAUUCUGUGCUGUUCCAUGAUACAAUCUACUAUAAUCUUGCAUAUGGCAAUCCACAUGCCAGCCGCGAAGAAGUCAUGGAAGCUUCCAGACUUGCAGAUCUCCACGAUUCGGUGGAACGGAUGCCAGAGGGAUACGACACCCUUGUCGGUGAACGUGGACUGAAGUUAUCAGGUGGAGAAAAGCAACGCGUCGCCAUAGCCCGUGCCAUUUUGAAGGUGAUACUCAUUCAUUGCUUGAGUGGAGAAAAGCAACGCGUCGCCAUUGCUCGUGCCAUAUUGAAGGAUGCACCUCUCAUUGUCUAUGAUGAAGCGACUUCUUCAUUGGAUGCAAUAACAGAGGCUAACAUAAUGCGCGCGUUGAAGGAAGCAGUGCAGCAAAGAACAUCUUUAUUCAUUGCUCAUCGCUUGGCAACGAUUGUUGACGCG